GCGAAGAAAUAUGCUAUGGAGCAGAGCAUUAAGAGUGUCCUGGUGAAGCAAACCAUAGCUCACCAACAGCAGCAGCUUACUAACCUGCAGAUGGCAGCAGUGACUAUGGGCUUUGGAGAUCCUCUCUCACCCUUUCAAUCGGUCAAUAGAAUAUUAAACUAUUUCUUUCUCUGUGCGCAUUUUUGAUACUAUGAUUUUUGGUGCUAUGAGUGAGUGACAUACCAGGCCAGAUAUACAAAGCUGAUGACCAGACAUUUGUCUCAGCAUAUUUCAAAAGUAGACAUGGCUUUUUCUGGGGUUUACUUGUGCGGCGAAUGAUAUGUGUAUGUGGUUGGUCACUCAUUUCAUCACAGGUUGCCAGGUCUCACAAGGCUUUUACAACUUUUAGAUUUUGCAGUACUGUAGAUUGUAUUUGGGCCCAAGUGUGUAGGUGAGAGAAGGACUUGGAGGAAUUUGUCAAGGAUAUUUCUCUAGCCCAGGUCUAUUUUUCAUCACCACCCUUUAAAAUGUAUCAUCAGCUCUUACUGUGAUCACAUUCCAGUGAUCAUUAACACAUAUAGACUCCAUGUGCAAGGAGCAUUUGUGUGUGUGUGUGUGUGUGUGUGUGUGUGUGUGUGUGUGUGUGUGUGUGUGUGUUGUGUGCUGGGGAUGUUGCAAAUCCAUGUCUCCUUUGUAAAUAUGCUGUGAACUAUCAGAGCCAGCUUGGUGGGAUGUAUAAGAAGGCUAGCCAAGAAAAAGCACCCAGCAGCCAAAAAAAAAAAAAAGUCACGUAGGUUUAUUUAGGUAGGGAAACAUUCCUAACGUAUGUAAUUGAAGGAAAAACAACCCUGUGUACAUUAAUUAUUAGGUUAUGUGGUUUGUGCAGAUUCGCCCUUCCUCUUGGAGAAUUCCAGCGUAAGUCCAAAAGCCACCAAAGGAGGCACCUCAGGUUUCAGCUCAUAAUUGUGGUUUUGAUGGUAUGGUUUUGUUGAAAUUGUCUUGUUGGAAUCUUUGCACUCCAGGUUAGUCAUAACUGUACAUGUUUUGAAAUGUGUGCUGUGCAGGCUCAAAGUAAAACCCCUGAGCUCACUGUUAAACAGAAGGGCUUCUCUGCAUCUACUCUAACUCCCUGGCAUUUAUGCUUAAGUUGUGGCAGCACAGAGGCAGCGAGCUCUCGCCAUCAUGUGUCGCGUCUAUGUGGGUUCCAUCUAUUACGAGCUCGGUGAGGACACCAUUCGGCAGGCUUUUGCCCCGUUCGGCCCAAUCAAGAGCAUCGACAUGUCCUGGGACUCUGUCACCAUGAAACACAAGGGCUUUGCCUUUGUGGAGUAUGAGGUGCCUGAGGCUGCUCAGCUGGCUCUGGAGCAGAUGAACUCUGUCAUGCUGGGUGGAAGGAACAUUAAGGUGGGGCGGCCAGGUAACAUCGGACAGGCGCAGCCCAUCAUUGACCAGCUGGCAGAGGAGGCACGCGCAUACAAUCGCAUUUAUGUAGCCUCAGUGCACCCGGACCUGUCCGAUGACGACAUCAAGAGCGUCUUUGAGGCCUUCGGCAAGAUUAAAGCCUGCAUGCUGGCCCGAGAGCACACCACAGGGAAGCACAAAGGCUACUGCUUCAUCGAAUAUGAAAAGCCUCAGUCAGCAAUAGAUGCAGUGUCCUCCAUGAACCUGUUCGACCUGGGAGGCCAGUACCUGAGGGUGGGGAAGGCCGUGACUCCUCCCAUGCCCCUGCUGACCCCGACGACCCCCGGAGGUUUGCCUCCUGCUGCGGCUGUGGCUGCUGCCGCUGCCACUGCUAAAAUCACAGCCCAGGAGGCUGUCGCAGGGGCGUCUGUACUGGGCUCACUGGCGUCUCCCGCUCAGCUCCUCAGCCAGCAGAUAGGACUCCCUCAGGCUGUACUGGCAGCGCAGGCCCCAGGCUUGAUUACAGGUGUCACGCCCGUUCGGCCGACUCUGCCCGUGGUGCCUCAGGUGGGCCUGGUAAACCCCGUGCUGGCGUCGCCACCCAUCACAUCCAGUGCCACGUCCACAGGAACACCAACAAGCACAACUCAGCAGCAGCCCGAGGUUAAGAGGGAGGUACAGGACAAGCAGGAGAAAGACGAAGCUCGAGCAGAUGCCGCGGAGCAAAGGAGCGUGAAUGAGCAGGAGCAGAUCAGAAGCAGUGAGGGCAGCCCCACAGUCACACACUCAGGGUCUACAGUAAUGGUGUUGCGCAACAUGGUGGGCCCUGAAGACAUAGACGAUGACUUGGAGGGGGAGGUGACGGAGGAAUGCGGAAAGUUUGGUGCCGUGAACCGGGUCAUCAUCUACCAGGAACGUCAGGGCGAGGAAGACGACGCCGAGAUCAUCGUUAAGAUCUUCGUGGAGUUCUCUGACAGUGGUGAAAUGAAUAAGGCCAUCCAGGCCCUGAACAACCGGUGGUUUGCGGGUCGUAAGGUCGUGGCUGAAGUCUACGAUCAGGAGCGUUUCAAUAAAAGCGACCUUUCGGCAUAAGACUGACCAACUCUCUGUCCACCUGCUCAAACUCAUUCAGCCUCCAUCUCUGCUGCUCGAGUUUUGGGAUUCUUUUAAACUUGUAAUUAUUUUUUUUAUUGUGGUCAAUAAUAAUAUUGGGGACAAUCCCAUUGGAGGGAUUUGACUUAGAAAAUAUUUGUGCUUAAUGGAAUUUUUUUUUUUUUUUUGUCAUCACCUACUGUGAAAGAUUUUUUUCUUUGUUUAUUUGCAAAUUGUUUUCUAAUUUGUCGAUUUGGUUCCAUUGUUCUCUUAUGUUCUGACCCCCAACCUUUUUUUUUUUUUUUUUCUUUUUUUAACAAAAAAAAACAAGUUUUUCCAUCACUAAUGUUCUGUUAAGAUUCUAAACGUUGUACUGGAGUCAUUGGUUCUGAAUUUACUGAACAAUAAAUUCUUCAAAUACGCCA